UGCGAACAGUACAGUACAGAGCUGGUGACUUGUUCAUACUCAACCUGUGGACUAAUUUUUCAAAAAACUUAUGGAGUUGAUGGAGUGACCAUAUGACUGCUCCCAAAGCGUGUACAUCCAGGGCGUUCCAACGUUCUCCUUCUGAAAUACCUACCCAGCGCUAAGAAUAUGAAGCAGGUCUUCAUCUUUUCGUCUCCUUCUCGGCAGGAUGUGCGAAAGAGCUUUCUGGAGACGAAAUUGAGAUAGCGUAAUUUCCUUGAUGUGGUAAACCAAUAGUAUUUUUAUUCUAAUUUAGGUGAAAGGAUGGCAUUGUCCAGUGCUGGCCGUAUGGUGGACUCUUCAUUUGGCAGUCUACGUGACGAUAAAGUAUCAACGCCCUUGUUCAGAGCCUGUGGACGCUUCUGUGCGUCGCGUCCUGCUGAGGUCGUUGUGUCCACAAUUUUGUUUGGAAUUGGAGUGGGUUCCGUGGCUGUGCGGCACUAUGGAAUGCCCCAGAAGACAGCGGAAGGUGUCUGUGAUGCUGGAACAUGCGACGAGUUGAUGAACGCAGAGAUUGUGACGGCGGAUGUGAUCCUUGCCACCUUGCUGCGCUGCAUCGCCGUGCUCUACACCUACAUGCAGUUCUGUAACUUCAACCGGCUUGGCUCAAAGUACCUCCUAGGUCUGGCUUGCGCGUUUUCCAUUGCAUUCAGCUUCCUUAUCGCUGCCGCUGUAGCCCAGUACUUUAAUGUGACCAUCCUCCGAGCAACUGAUGCAAUUCCGAUCUUCAUGUUGCUCAUUGACUUGUCUCGAGCUCUCCGCCUUGCCAAAUAUGCACUGAAAGCAAAGAGUCAGGAUGAGAUAAAGGAGAGGAUUGGUGAUGGCCUGGCUGUGGUGGUACCUUCUCUUGCUCUGGAUACUCUGGUUGAGGUGUUAAUCAUCGGCGUGGGUACGUAUGCGCGCCAACCAUUGCAGUCGGUGUGCCUCUUUGGCUGCGCGUCGCUGGUGGCAAGCUUCCUUCUGUUCAUCACGUUCUUCCCGGCAGCCCUUGCUCUGACCAUGGAGGUAUCUAAGAGCGCCGAGGUGCCUGCCGAGGCCUUCUCUGGGUUCUCGCUGCACCAUCUGACGUCCACGUUCCUGGCCGAGGAGGAGGACUGCAAGGCCAACCCGGUGACACAGAACAUCAAACUGGUCAUGUCGCUCGGCCUCGGCUUUGUGCACGCGUUCAACUGGGUGAUCAAGCCAGUCGGCGGUGACUUUGCCAGUAUGGGUAGUCUCCUGGACUCGUCACGUGGUGUGCUGCAGCCUGCUGCUGACCGCCUUCCUGUCAUCUCAACUGAUAGCCAUUCUCUGCCGCAGCUGUUUGGUCUGGCUGUAGAUCAGUGGCUCCCUCUUGGCCUGUUCGCCCUAUUGCUGCUCAAAUACAUUGCUUUGGAUGCAACGCCAAGCGUGCGUGCCAGCAGUGAAGGCAGGAGUUCAAUGCGUCGCGGGUCUAGUCUGUUUGACCUGUGGCAUCCCAGCGCUGCUUCGCUGCGCGCCUCGGAAGUGCACGAGUCCGCAGCACAGGUGGACUGCGUUGACGGUGCAGCGCAGAGCAUCAAGCAUGUGCCAGAGUGCUGUGCUGAUGAGCGAGCAUCCGCUGUUGAGGAAGUCAUCCCGGUCGAGCCAACACCAGCCGAGGAGUUGCCAGCGAGCGGGACACGGCCGCUGUUCACCAUUGGAACCCCUAGAUCCAGCAGUAGCGACCCGGAAGAGGACGAAGUACUCACUGCUGCCUCACCUGAAGCAAAGGAGCCACGUUCUCUGGAGGAAUGCCUGCGAAUCAAGACGGAGCAUGGCUGUGAGCAGCUGAUUGACGAAGAAGUGUUGUUACUGCUUGAGCAUCGCAAGAUCGCCGCGUAUCGUCUGGAAACCGAGCUCAGCGACUGUGAGCGCGCCGUGCGAAUCAGACGGGUGCUAGUGUCCCCCAGCCUGGCUUCCAACGAGUCUCUGGAACUGCUGCCCUUCUCCGGCUACAACUACCAACAGGUGCAAGGUGCUUGUUGUGAGAAUGUGAUUGGCUACAUGCCCAUACCUGUUGGCGUGGCCGGCCCUCUGCUUCUCGACGGCCAGCUCUUCCAGGUACCCAUGGCCACCACGGAGGGCUGCUUGGUGGCGAGCACGAAUCGUGGCUGCCGAGCACUGCAGAAAUCCAAUGGAGUGCACAGUACCCUUACCGGCGACUCUAUGACACGUGCCCCUGCUUUGCGUUUGCCGAGCGCUCAGCGUGCUGGUGUUGUAAAGAUGUGGCUAGAAGACCAGGAGAAUUUCCAGAUUGUCAAGAAGGAGUUUGACUCUACAUCAAGUUUCGGCCGCCUGGAAAAGCUACUUUGCAUUCAAGCUGGGUGCACGUUGUUUGUGCGAUUUGCUGCCCGGACUGGUGAUGCCAUGGGAAUGAACAUGGUAUCCAAGGGUGUGGAGAAAUCCGUGCGCUACCUGCGCGACAAGUUCACCGACCUGGAAGUGCUGAGUCUGAGCGGGAAUGUCUGCACGGACAAGAAACCAAGUGCCAUCAACUGGAUUAUGGGCCGCGGAAAGUCAGUCGUUGCUGAGGCAACACUAUCAGCAGCAGUUGUCAAGGAGGUGCUCAAGACCAAUGCCCUCAGCUUGGUGGAGCUGAACCGUCAGAAGAACCUUGUCGGCUCUGCAAUGGCCGGCAGCAUUGGAGGUUUCAACGCACACGCGGCCAACAUUGUCGCCGCCGUGUUCAUCGCCACCGGACAAGAUGCUGCCCAGAGCGGCACAUCGUCGCUCUGUAUUACACAGAUGGAGCUGUGCGGACCGCGUGACGAGGACCUCUACAUCACAUGCACCAUGCCUGGACUGGAGAUUGGAACCGUUGGCGGCGGUACGAUUCUAUCACCGCAGGCCGCUUGCCUCAAGAUGCUUGGGGUCCAGGGUGCGAAUCGGCAAAAUCCCGGUCAGAAUGCUACACAGCUUGCCCGUGUCAUCUGUGCAACGGUGCUGGCCGGCGAACUCUCUCUGAUGGCUGCACUGGCUUCGGGUGACCUCGUCAAGAGCCACAUGCGACACAACAGAUCAUUGUCAUCAAUUACACCCAUCAAGGAACACUAGCUCUGCACUUUCAUCUCUUCUUGCCUCGCACACUGUUGUAGUGAUAAUGUAGCCGUACUGAUGAUGUGUUGCGACCUGACGAAGACUACAACCUCCACUCGCCUUUACCUUGUGUCUGGUACGCAACCUAUUGGUGCAUGGUUUUCACCCAUUAUUUACGUCCGAUAACUUCUAUUUAUUUUUCAUAGCGCACGGCACAAGAUUGUACAUCAUAUUUAUAACAGUUACUCUUUCUCAUUGAAAUUUGCUUUCAGAACACGAUAAUUAUUUUCAACUUCUCUUUUCAUGUAACAAGCGCGCACGAUAGGCCUAAACUAAUAGUUACUUAGAUCUGCUAAUGCUGUUUCUUCUCGCCUAAGACUAAGAGCAUACAUAUUGCCUCAUCAUUGAUCACGACAAGUGCUGGCAUGCACAGCCAGCGGCAGCUGCCAAUUUUUAACAUGCUCAUGCUAGCAAUCUCCAGUGACCCGCGUAGGAUUGCAAUUCAUUUUCAUUCUUUAAAUCUAAUCAACUGGGUACCGACAUGUACCUCUAGAAUUUGUGAACUUUAUCACAAUGGCAUGUAGGCUGAUUCUGCAUGCUUUUAAACCUUUGUCUUGGAAUACGAGUAAACUGGCAGAGUGAA